UAAUCACAUAUCCUGUAUGUUUAGUUGAAAUUAAUUACAGCAGUUUCUAUGAUUGUGUUCAUUUGAAGUACAGAGCUCAUUAUUAUUAUGUACCGCCUGGCAAUGGUGAAGGGCAAGUUCAUGCUCGUAUGUAUUAGAAACAAUAACAAUUACAAGAGCUCAUCUGUGACAAAAGGAUUAUUUCUGCAUUAUUAAGUUUUCCUGGGCAAAGAAAAGGCACUUUCCUUUGCCUUUCACCACAGUUUCCAAACACUACUGUUUUUGCGCGUGUAGAUCCACAUACAAAAGAUAUUUGAGAGACAGAAUUUACAGAAACCUGACUGUCUGUUAUGAUCCUAAUAUAUAUGCAGCCAAAGAUAUGGGAAAAGUUAGCCAAUUGAAAUGUUGUGAUGGUAUUGACAGGGUUUUAGAAUAUUAUAUAUAUAAGGGGCAAGAAUGAGUAGGUGAAAUAUAAAGGGGUAAUAUUAAGUUACCACAUGUAAUUUUAUUAUUAUUGUCUUUUGUGUGUAUAACAUGUUCUUAAUUAUGUUACCUAGGUUAUAUGUUAAUUGUAGGAACUAGGAUAUAGGAGAUGAAGGCAGUGCUGUUUUGUCUUCAGAUGUAUAGUAGAUAAGAAGAAUCUAGGCCAGAAGGUACAUUGGAAGUAUCCACUCUCCACCAUCACCUGGGGCACUUGCAUAGUGACUGCUAUUGUACAUGCGGGAUGGCUGCAGACACUGUAAAUUCAUGUCUUACGACUUGAGGUCUAUGUUGAACUAGGCUACUGAUUUCUGGACUGAAAUGUACAGCAGAGGCACUGGUAACAAUAUAAGUUGACAUAUUCAGCAGUAUGCAACACACCUUGAGCUAGUGGGACACAACCUAUGGAGCACAACAUAUGGAGCACUGUGGAAUUAGUUCCUGAAGGUCCAGCAGAAACAUGACCAUAAUGCCUGUGGUAUCAGAUAGAACCAAUGUUCCCAGAUUUAAUGGAGUGGUUUAGAGGUGCUUCUUAGUUUAUUAGAUGAUGCAGGUCUAUUCCAGAGCUGGUACAAAAUUCUUUGGAACGGGACUCUAGAAGAUGGCAUUACUCUUGGCUGCAAAUGAGGAAUGCAACAAUGGAGAGAUGAUAUUAGAACACUGAUCUGUAAGAAUCUGCAAGUCUGGACUACAGCAACUAUGGAUGAAGUUGUCAAAAGUCGAUACCUGGAGUUUGUGGACAUGAAGGCACCCUUCUGCAAAACCAGUUUAUUGUCCCAAUUUAAAGUCGUUGUUCACCUUUGCAUAAGUUCAGAAUCUGCAAAUGGAUUAUUGUGCUGCCAGACUAUUUCUGGUGAAAAAAAUUGUUGGAAGGUGAACAACCCUGAAAGGCCAGGUCCAUGAAGAUUGAUGCAACACAUUUACAGACUUGACCCUCCCCCAACUAUGGAUGGCCUGAAGGAACAGAGGAUGUUGGAUUUUGCAAUGGAAAAUGCAGUGCGUGGUGAUCCUCAGAGUGUGGUUGAUGCUAUAGACCAUUUCUGCAGAAACAAGGAAUGGGCCAUGAAUGUGGGAGAUGAGAAAGGUCUGAUCCUAGAUAAAUUGGUGAGAGAAACAGAUCCUUUGCUGGUGCUGGAGCUGGGCACAUACUGUGGAUACUCUGCUGUGAGAAUAGCUCGACUGCUGAAGCCUGGAGCUCGCAUCCUCACCAUGGAGAUGAAUCCAGUUCAUGCCUCUAUAGCCAGGCAGAUGAUUGAAUUUGCUGGCGUCAACAACACGGUUGAAGUACUUGAGGGGUCCACAGCAGAUUUCAUCCCCCAGCUGAAGCAAAACUAUGGGGUGGAUACAUUUGACUUUGUGUUUCUGGAUCAUUGGAAGGACAAAUACCUCAUUGAUACCAAACUUUUAGAGGAGUGCUGGUUGCUGAGGAAAGGUUCAGUGUUAUUGGCAGAUAAUGUUGUCUAUCCUGGCAUCCCAGACUUCCUGGAACAUGUCAGGAGCUGUGGCCGGUACGACUGCACAAACUACCCAUCUCGGGUGCAGUACAUCAAUAAAGAAGAUGCUCUUGAAAAAGCUGUAUUUAAAGGUUACUUGUGACAGGGAAAAAAUGACAAAAACUGUGCAAGAAGGACCUGAUAGUUAUUUGUUUGAUAAAUAUGUUUUGGAAGCCUUGUUUAUACCUACACCUCUGAAACCUCAGUUGGACUGACAUUUCCACAUUGUAAUGCAACUAAAUUAUCAAAUGUUGCCACGUGAUUAUGGUGCUACCAGGUAACAGUCUCAGCUGCUCAGGGAGUGCCACGUGCUUUGUUCCGUGACCUCAUGCAAAUGGACUAAAAUCAGUAACAAAAAAAAACCUGUUGUAAUAAAGAAUAAAACAAUUGGCUAAAAUA